UUACUACAGUUACAGUAUAAGAGUGACUAGCAUCUACCUCUCUCGUUCAAGCUAACACGCUACGGAAUUGCUCGACGUUGUAGCACCGAGAAGCCCCAUUCUGAAAGAUGGCUGACACAAAUCAACAACCCCCCCCUGCCCAGCUUGGGCCUGUGCAAUUUCUAAUGAGCAACAAGCUGGAAACGGCCAUGUGGCUUUCUCGUCUCUUCACAGUCUACUGCUCAGUUAUGUUCAUCCUACCGGUCUUGGGAGCAGUAAACAUUAAUUGUAAACAAAAGCUUCAUAUUACAAUUCCCAUGAAUGUCCUUAUAUUUGUGUUUAUCUUUAACCCAUGGUGUCCAGUGAGCAUCUUCCCAGUUUUCCUGUUUUCCUUGCUUCAUGCGACUACCUACACAAAGAAAGUUCUUGAUUCUAUGGGCCCCAGCAGCCUGAUGUUCAUCAGAAACCUUCUGGACAAACUAUCGGCCAACCAGCAAAACAUACUGAAGUUCAUUGCCUGUAAUGAGAUUUUCUUAAUGCCUGCUACUGUCUUCAUGCUCUUCAGUGGUCAGGGAAGCCUGUUGCUGCCCUUUAUUUAUUACCGAUUCCUCACCCUCCGCUACACAUCCAGAAGAAAUCCAUACUGCCGCACCCUGUUCACAGAGCUGCGGAUUCUUCUGGAGCACUUCAUCAUGAAGCCCGCCUGCCCCGCCUUCUUCAGGAGGAUGUGCCUCAGCAGCAUCGCCUUCAUCAGCCGCCUGGCUCCCACCGGAGUCUGAUCUCUCUUAGUUUUCCUCUCUCUCGUUUUCUUCCUGUUUUUAUUUUCCAGCUAUGUAAGAUAUGACUUAAACUGUGAUGGGGACAGACUUUGCCAUCAGUGGAAGAACUUUGUGUUGAAUGUCAACGUUACAGUCUGAGCUCCGACUCUUCUGUAUUCCUGAGUACAGCUGAAGAAGAGCCGGUAAAGCACUGAAUCUCACUGAAUAUCCCGGUGACGCUUCUCCUCCUGACCUGCUAGUGUGGCCUCACUCAGACGGCGGAUGCUCUGACUUUUUUACGUUCACCGAAGAGCACGGCUGACGUCUGCGGCAGUCUGUGUUUCGGCAGUUUUUGUUCUUCCUUUCAUGUCAUUAUUUAUUCAUUUAAUAGUUUAUUUUAUGAAAAAAAUUAACAUUCUGAGAUUAAUAACUUAACUAAAAUGUGCUUCUACAUAAUUGUCUUCAUGUCCUUUCUCUUUAAAAUUUCACUUAAUCAUUUCUGUUCCCCACAGCAUCUGUUAUAAUUUGUCUAAAUGCCUGACUUUGAAUGUUUUUUUGUUUGUUUAGUUUUAUUUUUUUGUAUCGAUGCCAUCACCGGAUUCUUUCUAAAAGUACAGACUUAUGUACCUGUGAUUCAAAUAGGUGUUAAACUGCGAAAAUAUUUGCUGUAUUUUUAAAAACAUUUUAAGGUACCAGACAUUCUGCUGUAUGAUCCAGAUUUGAAAUGAUUUGCACAGUGCAUGUCAUCCUUCUGAAUGCAUCUUGAAAUUGUUUUUCAGUUAAAGAGCAGUUUUAAAUUUAUGUUCAUUUAUUUUGCUCCAUAUUGCCUGUUUAAUGCUCACUCUUUUUUUUUGUUUUUUAUCAUGUUUAAUGUGCUUAUAUGCCUACAAACGUACCACAUUUUUAUGGCAAGAAUAAAAAUAUUAAGUAAACCAG